CAGACGGGGGCCGUCUAUGCGUCGCGAGGAUCCUCCACCACGGCAAACUGGACCGAGGGGCGGGCGGGUGCGUCGUGACACGCCGACGCGAUGCUGGGCAAGAGGUGGGACGAGAAAUGAGAGUGGAGCGGAGAGCAGAGCAGAGCAGAGCAGAGCAGAGCAGAGCAGUCCAGUCCAGUCCAGUCCAGUGCAGAGCAGAACAGUCCAGUGCAGAACAGUGCAGUGCAGAGCAGAACAGAACAGUGCAGUGCAGAGCAGAACAGAAUAGAGCAGGCUGGCUGGCUGGCUGGCUGGCUGGCUGGCUGGCUGGCUGGCUGCGACGCUUGCCACCUCGGGUGACGGCUACAGGCAAAGAGAGGAGGCUGCUGAUCUACCCAUCUUGCGCGAGAGACACGCGAACCAGGUGCGACGCGUCUUCUGCCUAGCCUCUUUUUCGUCCACGUUUGUUCCAGAAGGCUCAACGCUGUCCAUCGCUGUCCAUCGCUGUCCAACGCUGGCCAACGCUGUCCAACGCUGUCCAACGCUGCCCAUGUUUC